AUGGCUGGGGACUAUAUUGGCUAUGUGGAAACCUUGCGCCAUCGUUACCCUAAUCUGCGACGCUUCUGCGAGAUUCAGGGUGCGAGAAAUGUAAAGAACAAAGGGGAGACAAGCCGCAUUGUUGUCAUUGAAAUCCGCGAGAAUGGCAUAAGCCAAGAACACUUCAGUUCUGCCGAUGAGCUUGAGCGGUAUAUGCAAGAUCCACCCUCCAGAUCAGAACCGUGUAAGCACCGGGUGUAUGUUCUGGAGGGAACCGCGCCAGCCUAUGUCCAAGUCCUCGGUCGCCGUCUUCGAAUGGACCCGUAUGUGUUUGCAGAGCAGUUGAUGCGUGGCGGAACACGCAAGGAACAGGCCGCGACACUUCCUACUCAACACGGUCUUGAGCGAUGGUUUAGCAUGCAGUAUGUUGAGUCGCGUGCAUUUCCUAACGGCCAGCUAGACACUCUUGGGGCUUGUUGUCUCUACCGAGACCGGAAAAUCUGGGUGACCAAGAUCAAUUCCAAGUUUGACGAAGUGGCGAAAGUCCACAGGAUCGCAUCCUUUUGGUCGCGGAGAGAACCGAACGGUUCCUUCAACGGUCUGAUUCUCGUGGAUCCGCCGGUCGGGGAGUUCAUCAAGAUCGGCAAGGGCGCUGAAAAGGAGAUACGACUCUGCCAGAACAAUCUCUACCAAGGAGGAUAUGUCGACAUCUCGCCAUUUCCAUGUGCUCUGGACCUUGAGAAAGAAUGGGGAUCAUGGGAAUCCCAACCCGGCCCAACUCGCAAGUCAUUGUUCGAUGACAUUCUGUUCUACUGGAACCACAUAGACAGAUUCCCCAACUUGCACUCGUCCAUCAUGGAGAGCCCAGCGGGCUUCUUCGACGGUGCAUCCUUCUUCCUUAAAAGCGUCAUUGCCGCAAACUGGAUGCAGUUUUUGGUCUACUUUGACGAAAUCAUCGACCGACUUGAAUACGCCCUGGCUCGCGCGGACAUCAAGGCCCUCGACGGCGUGGAGAAUCAUCUGGUCGACGUCACGCACUGGCACCGGCGCUGCUGGAAGUCCUGCGAACAAGUCGAACACGCGAUCCAUUCACUUCAGCCCAAUUUUCAUCUCAAUCGGAACUCCUCCUUGACGGGAGGCUCCGCCUUCAACAGCAUCGACAACUUUGUAUACAUCCACGGGAAACUGUGCGCACUCACGGAGCGUUGCCAGCGCCUCAGCGUGUCUCUUACCAAUGUCAUUACAGUGAUUCAGUCACGGGAGGCCUCUGAGGAAGCCCACAGCUUAAAGAUCCUGACGCUCCUCGGCAUGUUGUUCGUGCCCCUGACGUUUUUGUCUAGUAUAUUCAGCAUGUCCGGGGAGUUCCUACCCGGGGAAGGCAGCUUUUGGAUCUACAUUGUGGUCAGUAUACCGGCCGUUAUCAUGGUCUUCUUGGUCGUGUUUUCGAAAGAGGUUGCACAACUCCUGAAGCUGAGGGAGAAGCCGACGAAGAGUCUCCUCAACGUGAGACUUACAGCUAGACGCACAAUGACGUUCGGACCGACAGAAGCAAAGGAUGCAGAGAAAGGGUAG